AUGGCGAUACCAAACUCCAUUGCCGACCGGCCAAAGCGAGAGCUGAAGGUGCUUUCAUUGGGAAUGACGCGUACUGGGUCGGCCUCGAUCACUCAAGCUCUCGAGAUUCUCGGAUAUCAAGGCGUGCACCACGGCAUUAAGGCCAUCAGUUCUCCAAUUGAAUGGGAACUCUUUAGCAAAGCAUGCGAUUCCUUUUACCCUUCGCUCCCGACCUACACGGGCGCGCCCUUCACACGCGCCGACUGGGAUGUGGUCUUUGGACCUUAUGAGGCCGUUACCGAUAUGAGCUCUUUCUUCGCCACGCAGCUCAUCGAGGCUUAUCCCGAGGCGAAGAUCAUCCUGGUAGAGCGCGAUAUCGACGAGUGGUACGACAGUAUGGAAGCAGCCAUCUUCAGCACGACAUGGGGCCUUCGCGCUGAUCUCGUGAUCAACGUACUGGGUCCGCUCUAUGGACUCAAGGGCGGCAGCACGAUUCGCAAGAUCAUGUUGGGCUUCUAUGGCGUGCGCAAUGUGCAAGAGAUGCGACGAGUUGCCAAGGAUCGGUAUAGGCUGCACUAUGCAGAAGUUCGGGCUGCGGUCCCUACCGAACGCUUGCUCGAAUUUCGCUUGGAGGAUGGCUGGAAGCCGCUGUGUGAGUUUCUGGAGAAAGAUAUGCCAGACGAGCCAUUUCCUGUGAAGAACAAAAGAGAGGAGCAUGUGAAGAGGGUGAGACAAAGGCAGGACAUGUUUUUCAAACACUUUGCAAAGAAUUUUGCCAAGAAAGCGAUACCUUGCGCGCUGGGUGUUGGCAUCCUAGGCUUGGUUAUAUUGAGAAGCAGGUCUGGUGCGCGAUGGGACGCGAUGUUGAGCGCCCUCAAGAAGACGUUGAAAGAGGCAUGGUGA